AUGAAGGUUUCCAACAAGACUUCUUGCAUGGUUACACCAGCUGAGCCAACAUGGUCCGGUAAGUUGGUCUUAUCAGAACUUGACCAAACUGGUGUCACCACCCAUGUCCCGACCAUUUACUUCUACGCGCAAUCCCCUGAGGAUUGGGUCACUGUUAUACAAACCCUAAAAACAUCACUGAGUUGUACCCUAGUUCAUUUCUACCCACUGGCCGGCCGGCUAUCUACUAUUGCCGGAGGCCGUUUGGAACUUAAUUGUAAUGCAGCCGGUGCGCAGUUCACAGAAGCGUACUCUGACAAGAAACUUAUUGAUCUGGAUAGUCUUUUACCAUCUCCGACAUACCACCAACUUAUUCCUUCAAUAGAUUACCAAAGUGCACCUCUUGAAGAAAUCCCGUUGUUAGUUUUGCAAGUUACAAGGUUCAAUUGCGGUGGGUUUAGUCUUGGUGUAAACAUUUCGCAUGUUGUUGCUGAUGGGCAAAGUGCACUUCAUUUUGUGUCCGAAUGGGCUAGGAUUUCGAGAGGUGAGUUAUUGGAGUCACCACCUUAUCUCGACAGAAAACUUCUGCGAGCUGGGGAACCUCCAAGAGCAAGCUCGAAAUUUGAACAUGCAGAGUUCGAUCCUCCACCGAUCCUUAUAGAUCAAUCUGGCAACGAAAGGGAAUCUGAGAAGGAGACUGCGGUCACAAUGUUGAAAUUAACAGCAACUCAAGUGGAAAAAUUGCGAAGCAAAGCUAACAAAGGUAAGAGUGAGACAAGCCGUGGUUUUACACGGUAUGAGACUUUAACUGCACACAUAUGGAGAAGUGCAUGCAAAGCGCGUAAUCAUAAACCAGAGCAGCCAACUGCAUUGGCUAUUUGCAUUGAUGUUAGAAGUAAAAUGAAGCCACCAUUGCCAAGAAAGUACUUUGGAAACGGAAUUGUCAAUGCAAUUGCCACUGGCUGCUCAGGUGAGAUUGUUUCAAAACCUUUAGGAUACGUUUCCUGUAAAAUAAGGGAAGUGAUUGAAAAGGUUGACGAUGAGUACGUGCACUCGGUGUUGGACUUUCUAAAGAGCCAGCAAGACUUAUCACUGUUCCGAGAGUUGCAACCAACAUCUAAUGGGGAAGAGCAUUUUUACGGCAAUCCAAAUCUUGGGGUGAUAAGUUGGUUAACAUUGCCAAUUUAUGGUGCCGAUUUUGGAUGGGGGAAGGAGAUUCAUAUGGGUCCAGGAACACAUGAUUCGGAUGGAGAUUCUUUGAUUCUUCAUGGCAAAGAUGGAGAUGGGUCCUUGGUAAUUGCAUUAUGUCUACAAAUGAGGCAUAUGGAAGAUUUCAGGAAGGUGUUCUACCAAGAUAUUGAUGUGGAAUGA